AUGACCACCACCACCAACACCACCACCAAGACCAAGCUCACCGUCGGCUUCCUCGUCCUCGCCGCGCUUGCGGGCGUCGCCUCCGCCGCCCCCGCCGACGACUUUGCCGUGGGCCGCAAGCUCAAGCGCGACCUCAACCUCGAGAAGGUGCCCGUCAUCCCCAACCCCAAGCACCAGCGCAACUUCGAGGCGGCGAUUAGGCAGGCCGAGCUCAGGUACAACAUCACUGUUGGCGACCCGCGCGACCAGCGCGUCGGCGGCCCCCCCGGCUUCCUGCCCCUCGACAUCGACGCUACCUGGGACAGGUCGUACAUCGCCAAGGUGCAGAUCGGCACGCCUCCUCAGGAGCUCUCGCUCGACCUCGACACGGGCUCGUCCGACUUCUGGGUCUUCUCGUCUGACCUGCCGCCCGACGUGACGGCAAACCACAACGUGUUCGACUACCACAAGUCUUCGACCUGGAGCCUCAUCCCCGGUGCCAAGUUCAGCAUCGGAUACCAGGACGGCUCGGGUGCUUCGGGCAACGUCGGCCGCGACACGGUCAACCUCGGCGGCCUGAGCGUCAAGAAGCAGGCCGUUUCGAUUGCCCAACAGCAGAACAACUUUGACACCGGCAACAGCGACGGCCUGAUCGGCCUGGGCUUUUACAACGGGCGCGGGGCCGGCAGCACCGUAUCCACUGGCCCCGAGAAGACGCCGGUCGACACGCUUAUCGCGGACGGCACGCUUCCGCCCGGGUCGCAGCUCUUCACCUCAGCCUUCUACAGCUGGCGUGACCCCACAAAGUCGUUCUACACCUUUGGCUACAUUGACGAGGGACUCGUCGCCGCCUCGGGCCAGGAGCUCAAGUACACUCCCGUCGACGGUUCCGUCGGUUACUGGACGGUCCCCUCCACCAGCGGCAGGGUCAACGGCAAGGUGGUGACUGCGGGCGCCAACCAGAAGGCCAUCGCCGACACGGGCACCUCGCUGGCCUACCUCCCCGCCUCGAUCGUCAAGGAGCUGUACGCGCAGAUCCCCGACGUGGUCAAGGACACCAAGGGCCGCUACUACUUCCCGAACAGCUCGGUGACCGCCCUGCCCACGUUCGAGAUCGCAGUCGGCAGCAACUACUGGACCAUCCAGCCCGAGGACCUGGUCUACCAGUGGAUCCCGGAGGCAAGCCUCUGGGCCGGUGGCGUGCAGGCCACCGACGGCCUCGCCAUCCUCGGCGACGUCUUCCUCAAGAGCGUGUACACCGUUUGGGACCGCGGACUCAGCCGUAUCGGCUUCGUCCCCAAGAUUGAGAAGACGCAGAGCUUUGAGCCCAACAAAUUUCUGAACUAG